AAGAGAGUACGUCAGGGAGCAGUGGUGAUGCAUUCAAUUGCUGUAAUAUGAGUUGCUUUACGAAUUACAGUUAGAGUGUAAAGGGAGAUUCAAACAAAAAUAACGUUGGUUUAUAGUUGAUUUGUGAGCACCCACUGCAGGAACACCGAGGACUGGAAAUGCAGAUAAAAUAAAUUUCUCCCUUCUCCGCGGCGCUUUUGAGGAAUCCUGUCAAGAACUUCAUCCGGAAGUCAAAUUGAUAUUCUUGAAGAAUCAGUGAUUGUCCCGCGAAAGAAAUGUUUGACUGUCUACACCUGUGCGCACGGAUGCUAUUUUCUGCGCCUUUGGAAUUCAUUGGCAUCACUCGGAAAUAAAGCCUAUUGAAGAUAUUUAUUCACAUUGAAGUCUCUGUUUCUGUACAUUUUCGCAUUACAGAAAACACAACUGUCGUUUAUUUAGUUGUUUUCACACGUAUACCCAAAUGUAUACAAUUGAUUGCAACAAGUCAGGUUAACAUUCCUUCACAGUGAUUAAAAAAAAAAAAAAAAAAACUUCAGUCAUCUGCUGGAAAUCCAAAUUUUCCAAAACCAGGACACGUGGGGAGUUUUGAAAGAAUGAAGAGUCUCGGGGUGAAGCAUGGGCUGUCGGUGUAUUGCUUUUAGACUGGCGUGUCUAAUGUUUCUAUGGGAGUGGAUAACACUAAGCCUUCACUGUUGGGUACUAGCCACUGCAUCGAGCUCCAGUGAUGCCGCUGGCCCAUUCGGUUGGCUCCUUUCGGAUAAAGGACCCUUUCAUCGCUCCCCAGAAUUCACAGAGUUCGUGGAGCGCUACCAGCAGGGCUUCACCACAAAGUAUAAGAUUUACAGAGAGUUUGGUCGUUGGAAGGUCAACAGUCUGGUGCUAGAGAGGCGGGACAACAAUGGCUUUGCCCUGCCUCUUGAUCCUGAAUUCAUGCAGAACAUCAGACUGUUGGGGAGGAGGCCUACCCUCAGAAUGAUCACAGAGAACAUCAUCAGAAAAUAUGGCACACACUUUCUGUUGUCUACUACACUGGGAGGUGAGGAAUCCUUGACUAUCUUUGUGGAUAAGAGGAGGUUGAGUAGGAGAGUGGAUAUUGGUGACUCAAACAGCACCGGUGUGACCCUAGAGACGCUGCACCAGCUGGCGGCCUCCUACUUCAUUGACAGAGAGAGCACGCUGCGUAAGCUGCACCACCUCCAGAUAGCCUCCACUGCCAUCAAGGUGACUGAAACAAGGACAGGUCCUCUUGGAUGCAGUAACUAUGACAACCUUGAUUCUGUCAGUUCUGUUCUGGUUCAGAGUCCUGAAAACAAGAUUUAUUUACAAGGAUUGCAGGUUAUUUUACCCGACUACUUGAAGAAUCGAUUUGUGGAGGCAGCCCUCAGCUAUAUUGGCUGUAACUCUGAGGGCGAGUUUGUGUGCAAGGAGAAUGACUGCUGGUGCGAGUGCAGUGUGAGAUUCCCACAUUGCAAUUGCCCUGAGGUGGAUGUCCGUGCCAUGGAGGACAAUUUAAUAAAUAUUAGAGAAGCCUGGACAGAAGCUAACCAGGAAUUUGAAGACUCUGAUGAGUUCCAAAUGUUCGUGAGACGACUACCGACAUUCUAUGCUUUGAACUCAUCUGCCAUUGAAUACUUCUGGAAGAUGGAUCCUGGUGUCCAUCAGCGAUACAGACAGCUGGAGAUCAGCACAGGUCUACUGCUUAGCAAAGCCUGGAGAAUUGUUAACAAGCUUUUCAUGCUCAGCAAGAGAUGCCACAAUCAGCCAAAAAUAAUUGUGCUGAGAGAGAGGUCUUUCAGCUACUGGCUGAAUUAUAUCCUGUCCAUCCUGUACUGCAGUGAGAAUAAUCACAUUGGAACCUAUAUAGAAGAGAUGCGAAGCUGUUCUUGCCCCUAUGAACAACCAUCCUGUCAAGCAAUCAUCCCAUGUGCAGUUGGUGAAGGCCCAUACUGUGCCUCUUGCUCCCUUGAGAACAAAACACGGUGUGCCAACUGUAACCCAGGAUACAUGCUCAGCCAAGGAACAUGCAGGUACGAGGUGCCUGAAUCUACAGAUCACUACAUCGGCUUUGAGACAGAUCUGCAAGACCUGGAGCUGAAAUACCUGCUCCAGAAACAGGAUAGCCGCAUCGCAGUACAUGCCAUCUUCAUCAGCAAUGACAUGAGGUUAAAUAAUUGGUUUGAUCCAUCUUGGCGAAAAAGGAUGUUGCUCACACUGAAGAGCAAUAAGUACAAGUCCAGCCAUGUACACAUGCUCCUGGGGAUAUCCCUUCAGAUAUGCCUCACUAAAAACAGUACAUUAGAACCACUGCUAUCAGUUUAUAUAAACCCUUUUGGCGGCAGCCAUUCUGAAAGCUGGAUCAUGCCCAUCGAUCAAAAUAGUUACCCUGAUUGGGAAAGGACAAAGUUAGAUAUACCUCUUGACUGUUACAACUGGACACUGAGUUUGGGCAACAAAUGGAAAACAUUUUUUGAGACAGUGCACUUCUACCUGAGGAGCCGUAUAAAGACCACAUCAGCCCAUGGAAACAGCACUGUCUAUUUGGAACCACUAGAGUUCAUGGACCCUUCCCAAAAUCUGGGAUACAUGAAAAUUAACAGUAUGCAGGUAUUUGGAUACAGUAUGCACUUUGACCCAGAAGCAAUUCAGGACCUGAUUCUGCAGCUGGAUUAUCCAUACACUCAGGGAUCACAGGAUUCUGCCCUUCUUCAGCUGGUAGAGAUCCGUGACCGUGUCAAUAGGCUGUCACCACCUGGUCCCCAACCCCUAGACUUGUUCUCCUGUUUGCUUCGUCAUCGGUUGAAAUUAUCCACUACCGAAGUUGUCCGAAUACUUGUGGCUUUACAGGCUUUCAGUUCCAAGCAACCAAACUCUUUGGAGUAUGAAACAACAAAAUUAUGCAGUUAAGAGAAUGUAAGCAAACCUUCAUAGAAAGGAUAAUCAUUAUACAUCAUAUGGAUCCAAUUACUAUUUAGAACAGUAUGAGAAAGUAUAUGUAAUGUUUCCACAUACAUGCAUACAGUAAUUUCUAACUGGAAGGUGUUGCCAUUAGCUAACUGUGGGAAUACACUUUCAUAUGGGACUUCAGGCAUCACAGUUGCUCCUGGGGGGUAGGGAAGUCUAUGAAUAUAUUGUUUUAUAUUGACCUGCAAAAUUGUAAAAAAAAAAUUUUAAAAAAAGAAAGAAAGAAAACAUGACGUUUCAUUGCAUUGCAAAUCAGUUCCAGACAUAUGUAUUCCUAAGUACAGAAGUCCAUAGAAUUAAAGUACAGAUAACUAAAUCAAAAUAGCUAAAUUCACAUGGACUUUUGUCUGAUAGAUUUAUUUGGUUUCACUAUUUUGUUAGCAUGCAGAAUAUUAUUGCCCUCAUUCCAUAACAACUGAUUAUAUCUUCCUGUUUCUUGUGCAGCCAGGAUCUUCUAUGAAUCUGGGGUUCUUGAGCUGUCUUUUGUCGUUUUUCUGUUAUGUAUCACCAGUAGCUUCACUGAUCAUAAUUAUUUUAUUUCCCCACUGUAUGUUUUUGUUUUAAAAUAUAAGUCCAGAAAUAUAAUUAUUCUGUAAACAUUAGGAAAUUAGGAUUGGAAAUGUUAUUGUGUGUUGAAUUUUCUGUACCCUCCUUUUUUCAAACAGGUUGUUUGUUAUAAGCUGAAAAAGCAUAAUAUGUAAAUGAUAUGUUUAAAAAUUUGUUAAAAUACUAAAUAAACAUAAUUUUUAUGUGA